AAAUAAACAGACGAAUCUUGCCUAGGGUGUGAUGUUUGCAUUGCAGUGAAAAUUCUAUAUGGACGCGCCAUUUUGUAUUUUGUUUCAUUUUCCCCCACAUCUUGAAACGUGUGAAGCUAACAAACUGUCAAAUGAAUUUAUUUACGUAGUUAAUUAGUGUUAAAACAAGAAGAGUAUUUAGAAAAGCUUCGGAAACCCAUCAUAAAAUAAUGUAUUUAAAGAAGCAAAACUUAUAUAUACAUGUGGAAAAUACCAUUCGAUAAAUAUGCAAAUGAAAUUGACGAGUACAGCACCCCUUCUACUUCGUGUAUUCUUAAUCGUCUUGUGCACGGUUGCAUUUAGUAAGAAUGAAGUAUAAGAAAAUUGCAGAUUAAUUAAUAGAUAAAACGAUGUGAAAACCAGAGGGAAUAUCUCACCGAAAAUACUUAAACAAAUAAGAAAAAACAUUGUCUUCGUUGACAAAUUAGGGGAAUUCCUUACCUUGAUUUCGCGGACUUCACAGAUACAUAGUUUCACAUCGAAACUCAAGCCUUCUCAACUCCCUAGAACAUUAUACAAAAAUUAAAUACAUCAUAGACGGCAACUUAAAGGAAUUAUUUGCCGGGAACGCCGGUCAGAAAACAUUGACCAUGUCCGUGCAGCAAUUUUGUUUGCGCUGGAAUAAUCACCAGCCAAAUUUUAUUUCGGUAUGCUCUUCGCUCCUGCACAAUGGAACACUGGUAGAUGUAACCUUAGCAGCAGAAGGUCGCCAACUCCAGGCUCACAAAAUAGUCCUUUCUGCUUGCAGCUCUUAUUUUCAAACUCUUUUUACAUCGAACCCCUGUCAACAUCCAAUCGUAAUCCUAAAAGAUGUCCAAUACGACGAUCUUAAAACUAUGGUUGAUUUUAUGUAUUAUGGUGAGGUGAAUGUUUCACAGGAGCAGUUACCACACAUUCUUAAAACGGCCGAAAUGCUUAAAAUCAAAGGACUUGCUGAAAUGCCCACCGAUCCUGCCAAUUUAACCAAAUCUGAAAGCAAAUCCACGAAUGAACCCACCGAUCUUGUGGGUAGCGGUAGUUCCGGUAGUAAUGGCCAAAGUAGCAGCGGUGUUGCGAGCGGUGGCUUGGGAAGUAGUGCUGGUGGAAGUAUGAGUGAUUCACUAUGGGAGCAACAACAUCAUCAUGGUCAACAUAGUGACUCCCAAUUUCAGUCUCACCACCACCAACAACAGCAAAAUAGCCAAACGCAAACAUCACAGCAGCAACAGCAACAUCAUCAUCAAUUAAGACGUACUCCGUCACCAUUAGGUUCGGGAGCCUCACCAGCUACCAGACGAAAACGGCUUCGAAAAUCCUCAAAUAAUGGAUCUGGCGAUCGCACCAACUCGGAAGAACAACAUAAUACUUCAUUGGACAGUGGAAAUAAUGCUAGCGGUAUAAGUCUCACGCAGAUGGGUCAAAUGUCAUUUGGCACCGGAGCUGGCACUAUCAGUGGAAUGCCAACUCAUUCUCUUCACGCAUCAAAAUUGUUAAAAGAAUCGACAAGUACGGAUGUGGAACCACAUCCCCAGGAUGAUAGUUUGGACGGUGGUCACGGACACGUUCACAUGCAAAUUAAACCCGAAGUUGAUAUGAGCAGCGUCCAGCAAUCAAUGCCAUUGGACAUUUCGGCAGCUACAACCCCUUCAGAACAUGACGCACCAAAUUCUCAAUCAUCUCAUUCUGAUAUUUCACAGCCGUCAAAUGUUGCUGUCAAAACAAUUGUCUCUCAGCCAGAAUGUUCGCCAUGUGCCGUUAAUAUGGCCAUGUCACCAUCACCAACUAGCCUACUCCCUCAGCAACAGCAACCUCAAACGCAGCUGCAGCACCAACAUUCUCAACAACAGCCAAUGGGGACAAAACGAAAUCGAGUCCUUACACGUCAGCCGCGUGUUAAACGAGACAGUGAUAGUUUAUCAAAUGCUCAAGCUUCACCAGAACCAAUGGCAUCAUGCGUCGAUGUUGAUCCAUUUAGGAAUUCCCCCGGCAGUAGUUCACAUUCAAAUUUCACUGCUGCACAUUCUCACCAGCUACUUACCCAUCAUCAUUUGCUAACCGUGCCGCCACGUAUUGAACGUCACUCCUCCGAACCGGCUCCUAGUUUGACACCCACUUCACCACAUUUGCUAUCUGUGCCGCAGAGUACACCCUUCCUUAUGAAACAGCAUUCGGAUCCAUUACUGCCCACACAACAUUCACUUAGUAGCGCUGGUGCUUUAAUAGUCGGGACUGGUGGCACGAAUCCCUUCGCACCGCUACAUCGCCAGUAUUCGCAUCCACUUUCGGGCACCAGCAGUGUCGCCAACACCAGCAAUGUUGGUACUAGUCAUAUCACUAGUGUUUCUUUGCAUCAAUCACACCACAUAUCACUACCGGAAUCGAUGUACACGUCCGGCGGUUCACCACCACCUAUUGGCUCUUCGCAAUAUGUUGUGCCACAACAAAUAGUGACAAGUGUAAGUGGUGGAGGGUCGAAUGAGGUGGUUGGCACUAUGAGCGUAUCAUCAACUUCAACUAGUCCUUUAAAAGUGCUCACCCUGCCGCAGUUUACUACAACUUAUAUCGAUGACAGUAGUACGAGUGGUCGUACCAAUUCACCAACUAGCACCCCGUCCAUUGCUGGCGUCCAACCCAAUACACCAAGCGUCAGUUCGGCGCCAUUGGAGCGAGUUCGUUCUACGGAAGGGAACACACCACCACCGGCAAGCAAGUUUCGUACUUCAAAACCUGCAUCCAGUGUUUUAUUAUCAGAGCGUAUAAUCAGUUUGCAUCCUGGGGCCCCAGCUACGGGUAGCAGUUCGUUUGAACAUUUACCUUCGUUACGAGUCAGAAGUGAGGAACUACAAAGAUCGGUGUCUUCUCCACAAACUUCACGGGAGAUCAUCACUUUGGAAAAUCCUCGUUCUAGUCAUUGUCCCGUUAUACGGCCCGGGCCGGCACUGGGCUGUAAUUUUUGUUGGAACACUAUAGAUGGACAUGGUCGAAUUUUGAGGCGCAAAACGAAAUACCACUGUCCCGAGUGUCAAACGAAUUUAUGUAUUGUACCAUGUUUUCAGGAGUAUCACGAGCGUCAAAAUAGUGAAGCGGCAAAUACUUUAUCCGGAAAUGACAGCAAUAGUAAAUCAUUCUCAGGUACCACUGGCAGGAGUGGAAGUGGGGGCGGCAAUGGAGGAGUGUUGUCACCACCUCAAGGGCAAAUGAAAAUAAUGGUUACAGAAACCCUUUCAUGAGUGUUCGCACUGAAAUGGAAUGGAACAUGUCAGUUGGCCACCACAGCUGUCGAACAAUUCGGCUCAUACCUUUACAGAAACACAACAAGUUAGAGUGAUGUCAUUGCGACUUCAAAUCUACAAUUUCAAUCGAGAAUAUCGAACAAGUUCAGGUUUACAGAAACGAGCUACUGUUGGCCUUAAGCUUCUCUGCAGGUGUUUAGUCUAAUAAGCCUUUCUUUUUUUUUUUCUAGAAAUAAAAUGUGUUAUAUUUUAACAUAGGUAAUUAAAAAGGCAGAAGGCAUGGUUUCAUACUUCAAAGUCAAUAUAAACAUAAUUUGUUUUCAUUUAUUUUUGACUGGGAAUACGCAAAUUCGAAGUUUCAGUUAAUCGUUCAUUACUUUGCAAAUGCACUAAUGUCCAGUUUUUCAUUGUAAGUUGAGUGAUGCGAACCACCCUAAUAAUUAAAUACGUAACUACUUUUAAUAUAGCGAACACAAGCAGAACAAAUUAUUCAGCGCGCGUUUUAAAUAAAUUUACAUUGGCCAUCUAAGACCUACAGUUAACCGAUUCCUUGGUUAGCUAUUGAAAAAUUAGUUCCGUUUAGCUAGAGUUACUAUUAAAGUCUUCUUAUAGCUACGUAUGUAUAUGUGCAUGUAGGUAAAUUCAUAAUUGAAUUGAUUUUCGACCUUACCGUGCUUACUACUACAUAUAAAAAUUCUUAUCAGCAUUUCUUGUAAAACAAAUGUUGGGCAAUUGUGUGCUUGCAAAGCAAUUUUGAUCGCUUUUUGCGUACUUGUUUUAUAAAAAUGUUGUGAUGAAGGUAAAUAUGGUUCCAUUUAACUGAUGAAAAAACCGCGACACACCUAAACUGACAUUGACAUUCAUAUGUGUAAGCAUGUGUGUUUGCAUGUAUGCAAUAGUUUAGCUUUUAAGAAAAUAUUUUUUAUAAGUUUUCUCUUUUUUAUUUUGCAUUCAUAUAAUUUUACAAUACAAAUAAACAUGUACAGGAUAGAUACUAUUGCAUACAUGCAUACAUACAACUAUGCCAGUCAAAUUGUUAAGCAUAGCCCAUAUUAUACUUAGUUUAAGCAGGGAAUUCUUUUUUGUUUUGAGAUCUACCUUAAAUAUAGUUUUUGAAAAAUGUGCAAUAAAUAUUGGGAAAUUGUUAUGCAACAGAACGAUUCAAAUGCUAUUUAUUUGUUAUAUAAUUUUACAUGCAAAUUUAAUUUCUACUAAUCCAGUCACGUGAAUAUGUAGUCGAGAACUCAGAAACAGAAACCAAAUUUAUACAAUUCUUAAACAGUCAUAUACAAUAGUUUUUUUACAGUUUAAGUUAAGUUUAAAUAAAGAAAAGUAAAAUCGAAA